AUGAUGCUGUGCCACACGUCGCUUUUUCUUAUCUCGUUGCUACUCUUAUUGCAGAGUGCAAGCGCCCUUCAGGCUAUCCGCCGUCCGACGCUUCGCACGACGGGCUCUGGUUGGGAGCCUUGUGACCCCGGCGUUAAUCAAUGGAGCGGAUAUUUUGAUAUUCCUGGAGAGCAGAGUGACAAACAUUACUUCUACUGGGCAUUUGGACCACGUGAUGGCAAUCCCAAUGCCCCAGUGCUCCUGUGGAUGACAGGCGGUCCUGGAUGUAGUUCCAUGUUUGCGCUACUUGCAGAGAAUGGACCUUGCCUCAUGAACGAAACGACUGGUGACAUAUACAACAAUACGUACUCGUGGAACAACCACGCGUAUGUAAUAUAUAUCGAUCAACCUGCCGGUGUGGGCUUUUCGUAUGCGGAUAAAGCGGAUUAUGAUAAGAAUGAAGCGGAGGUGUCGGAGGACAUGUACAACUUUCUACAGGCCUUCUUUGGUGAGCACGAGGACCUGCGUGAAAACGACUUCUUUGUUGUUGGGGAAAGCUACGGUGGCCACUUUGCUCCGGCUACAGCUUACCGCAUUAACCAAGGCAAUAAAAAGGGUGAAGGCAUAUACAUUCCUCUUGCAGGAUUGGCUGUAGGAAACGGUUUAACAGAUCCGUAUACACAAUAUGCGUCAUAUCCCAGACUUGCAUGGGACUGGUGCAAGGAAGUUCUUGGAAGUCCGUGUGUAUCUUCCUUUGUUCAUGUGAUGAUGUCGGCGAUGGUGCCCGCUUGUCAAAGUACUAUUUCUGCUUGUGACGCUGAUAAUUCAUCAUCCGCGGACUCGUCGUGCAAGCUUUCCCGUGUGACUUGUGGUCCGAUGGUAGCUCUGUUUUCAGCUACAGGCCUGAACGUUUAUGAUAUCCGCAAAACAUGUGAUGGGCCAUUAUGUUACAACACAACGGGAGUUGACAACUUUAUGAACCGUGAGGAUGUUCAGAGGUCUCUGGGUGUAGAUCCAAUGACUUGGCAAGCUUGUAACAUGGAGGUGAACCUGAUGUUUGCCGUUGACUGGUUUAAGAACUUUAACUACACAAUUAGUGGACUCCUCGAAGAUGGAGUUCGAGUAAUGAUUUAUGCCGGUGAUAUGGACUUUAUCUGCAACUGGAUUGGAAAUAAGGAGUGGACACUUGCACUUCAGUGGUCUGGAAGUGAAGAGUUUGUGAAGGCCCCUGGUACCCCAUUCUCAUCUAUUGAUGGUAGUGCUGCGGGUCUUGUACGUAGCGUAUCAUCAAACACAUCGUCAAUGCACUUCAGUUUUGUGCAGGUGUACGGUGCGGGUCACAUGGUGCCGAUGGAUCAACCUGCUGCGGCAUCCACUAUAAUUGAGAAAUUCAUGAGGAACGAACCACUCUCGUAA